AUUAGAAAAACAAGGAUUUAACUUAAGUAGAAAAGUUAUUUCAAUCAACUUAGAAAAUAUAGUUCUUCAUAUAUUACCAAUUCUGGGCAACAGGUGUUUGUGGGUCACUCACUGAUGCAGUGGACAUUAAUCCUUUUCCUUGGUAGCUCCUUGGCUGUGACUACCUUGGGCUGGACAUAUCAUUACUCAAAAACGACCAUGAACUGGACCCAGGCCCGACGUUGGUGCCAAACCGAUUACACAGACAUGGUGGUUAUCCAAAACCAGACAGAGAACGACUAUCUGGUCUCCAAGUUGCCAAACAGAACUAGGAGUCCAUAUUAUUGGAUUGGAAUCACUAAAAACCACAUGAAUGAAAAUUGGACCUGGAUUGGGAAUAACAGCACGUGGGUUGGUGAGCAGUCAUGGGCAGUAAAUGAGCCCAAUAACAACCACAGCAAUGAGUUUUGUGUGGAGAUCUAUGUGAACACAGGACGAAACCGAGGGAAGUGGAAUGAUGAGAAAUGUGCCCUACAAAAAUACGCUGUUUGUUAUAAAGCCCAAUGUAAUGCAACAUCAUGUGGCAGAGGAAGAUGCCAGGAGAUGAUAGAAAACAUAACCUGCCUCUGUGAACCUGGCUUUAAGGGAGAUAGAUGCCAAACAGCUAUGGAAUGCCCCCCUCUGUCUCAGCCUGAUAACGGAUACCUUAGCUGCUCGGGAGGAAACCUGACAUUCAACUCAACCUGUCGAUUUAAAUGCUACCCAGGCUUCCUGAUAAUAGGCCCGCCAGAUGUUACCUGUACUGUCACCGGGGUCUGGAGCGGCCCAAGACCUAUUUGUACAAGCUAUAAACAAGCUCUGUUAGCUGUCGUUGGGUGUGGAGCUCUCUCAGCCUUCUGCUGCAUCUGCUUUUGCUGGAUGAAACACAGAAAAAGAAAGAAACUUGCCCAAGUAAGGCAGCCUGAAGAAGCGACAAGUCCAUCCACUGAGGCACAAGGAUGAAGGACAACUGGGACCUCAUUUAUGUCUUAUUAAAAUAUAUCUAUAAUGACCCAAAUGCAGUUACUCGUAUUAACUUUAGUACAUUGUUAAAGCCUCUGAACAGGUGUUUUCAGUUAUUCUGGCUGAUUAGACUCUUUUUAGGUUGAAAAUUGAAAUUGUUUCCACCAAUAAGGAUGACAAAGGUGUCAUUAGUCCCGCCCAAACACGUGCAACAACACUAACAGUGGACUCAGAAAGAUGUCAAUCUAUCCUGAAGGAUUGGAAGAGUGUCAUCCCCCCCAGCCAAAAACACUGGGCUAAUGAACUCCUGUCGUACUGCACACCAGAAAAAAUUAAAUUGGGGAACUAGAUGACUUUGAACUGAUUUGGACUCCUUUUUUGAACAUCCUGACCCAACUUGACAUGACCUCAGACUAGAUGUAAAUCUAUGCUUAUUACUGUUUAUUCUUUAUUUUAUGAUUAUUUAAUAUCUUGCCUUGCGGAGAGAGGGUUUUUGUUGUUUGAUUUCGUUGUUUUCUUUUUGUUUUUGUGUCUUGUUAAAUUUAAACUAUAAAUAAAAUAUAUAAAAAAAAUAAAAGAAAGAUGUCAAUCACUCAGUCUAACCACACCCACAAGAAAGGUCCAAUCAGCCACAUUAACAAUAAACACCUGUGUAGGUGUUCAGGGCCUUUUUAAUAGACCUUUUUCACGGCAGACAUGUUGACAUGUC